CACGGUGACGUCACCGGGCCCGCUCUCUGUCCUCCGCCCCUCCCUCCCUUCCCUCCUUCCAGCCAAGGGUCGGGGAUCCGCUGCUUGGCCGCCCAGGGCCGGGAAGGGAUGCUGGGCGGCUUCCAGGCGGGGCCCCCGGAGGGGAGGAGAGCAUGACCCGCCGCGAUCGGCUCAUGAAAGGCAGACCCCAGAGGCAGCCCGAGGCCAGGGGCGGAAACGGGGCCGGUUACGUUCUCACCCGACCAACCCUCGUCCUGAUGCUGGAAAGGGGAGAACAGCCUUGCAUGAGCAACAGCAAGACUGGGGCUGUCAACCACCCUCUGAGUGGCAGCAUUGUGGAUGCACAAGCCCUGAAGGAGAACGCCAAGUCGCCUUCCCCGACGGCCCUGUCUUCUCCGCCCACCACGGAGUCUCCCAAGCCGCCCCGUCCCCGCCGUCCACGGCCGCCUGCGGUGCUGCCCUCCGACCGGCCCUACCAGUGCAAGGACUGUGGCAAACGCUUUGUGUACCGCUCCAAGCUGGCCACGCACCAAUGGACUCACUGUGCUGAGCGCCCCUACAAAUGCCCCGACUGCCCCAAGAGCUUCAGCUACCCGUCCAAGUUGGCCGCCCACCGCCGUACGCACACCGGCGAGCGCCCCUACCCCUGCACCCUCUGUCCCAAGCGCUUCGGACACCGCUCCAAGCUGGCCGCCCACCAGUGGAUCCAUACACCUGAGCGACCCUACAAAUGUGCUGACUGCCCCAAGAGCUUCUGCUACCCUUCCAAGUUGGCCGCCCACCGCCGCACGCACACGGGCCAGCGGCCCUACCCUUGCAACCGCUGCGGGAAGAGCUUUUGCUACCCGUCCAAGCUGGCGGCCCACCAGCAGAUCCACGCAGCGGCUGGGGCAGGGCGGCCUUACCCCUGCAUGCGCUGCAGCAAGAGUUUCCGUCAGCUCCGGAACCUCACGCUCCACCAGCGAGUGCAUGAGGAUGGGGAAGCGGAAGGUGACUUAUCCCAAAACAAGGGCCUCAGCAAUGGCGAGAGGCCUUAGAGCAGAGCUCUCAAGACCCUGGACAACUUAAAAGCAAGGGAAGGAAAAUGGAUUAUUUGGACACAACGGUAAAUGUGGUGGCAUCAUUGUAAAUAACAGGAUAUAUCAAGGGAGGGAUUUGGGGGUUAUACAAAACUGCCCUUUGGCAUCCCAGUUUAUGGUGUUUAUGGUCCUACCACGGCUUCUCCAACUCACUUCGCCUUUCAAAUUCGGAGCCCCUGCCCAGUUUCCAAAGGCCAAGCUGUGUAUACCAUGCUGAAAAACAAACCACAUUGUAUGUUGAGUGAACAUCAGUUAUGUCAUGAGAAGUGGCGUUCUCUUCAACCUGGACAGUUAUGCAAACAUGUACAUAUGUGUGCUCAUCUCAAGCCUGCUGUCUGGUUGUCAUACAUACAUUUGUAUGGAGGCUCGCAUCUCUUCGCACAUUAUGCCCGUGCACAAAAAGUCCAAAAAACCCCCUAAAUAACUUUUCAGUAAGAAGCUUGUGCACAUUUGCAAAUAAUUGAAGCUAUAUGCACAAUCUAUUCACAGCACUGCCAAGCAAACAUUGUGUUUGGUUUGUGCAAAGGCAAAAUAUCUGCCACUGGUCAGAUAAUGUAUGUUUUUGAUGCUCAGUUGGCUCUUGGUUGCAUUAAAAUGUAGAAUGUGGCAUUCACAGAAUCUAAGGUUUCAUAAACAUGUGGAAGAAAAGCAGAGAAGACUGGAAAUAUCCCAUAGACGUGAUGUAGAAAAGCGACAGUCUCAGGAUGUUGAAGAGAGACACGGUAUUUUGGAACAAGAGUUUAGCUUUUGGAAAAAUACGUUUUGGAUACCUGACAUGCUAUCUGAGCUCUACUCACAAAAAUACAUUUUCCUGACUCUGGGAACACAUUAUUAGAAGGAAGGCCUACACAAGUAUGUUCUUCCUCAAGCAUUCUCUGCCCCACCAGAUGUUAUUAUUGAAAACAGCUCUGUGCAUGUAAGCCUGAGAAUAUUCUUGAGGUCAUGCUUUUGAAAGGGAAAAGGAUGAUACAUUGGCAACAAGGAUAAUAAACUUAUACAUAUGAAAAACAAUGCUUACAAUCUAGAAUCCCUUCAGGUUGAUUUUAAAGCUGUAAGUAUUAUUUUGUGUUUGUGAAAGUUUAUUUUGCUUACUAUAAUUUUUUAAAAAGUUGAAACAAUAUUAUAUUUAAUUUAAUAUAAAUUAAGCAUACAUAUAAUUAAUUUUGCUGACUUCAGCUUGUCUCCCGUUAUAACUACUGUUACCAAUGUGUUGUCCCAUUUUCUUUGAACUGUUCCUGAGGAAGGUCAUUUUUUUUUUAGGUCAAAAUAUGUUGGGGUAUCCUCAAUAAUAUUAUAAACCUACUCGCUUUAACAUUCUGAGAUGUUGUCUCUUUUGUACAUCACAUUUACAAACUUGUGUAACACCAGGGCGAGGAAUUCCAGAAACUGGCAGUUGAGUAUAUUUGUGUUUGAUAUCACUGUCGUUCCUUCCCAUUACACAAUUGUAGGAUAUUUUUGCAAAUUCAUAUGUUGCCUACAAGCUGUCAAAAGAGCUUCCCUGUCAAGUAUUAGUAGGGUAUUUUUGCAAAUUCACAUGUGGUGCAAAGGCUGCCAAGAUUAUUUGCUUUUCUUGGCAUGAGCAUCUCACCCCGAACUGCUGGCCAACUAGUGACAUGUAAAAACUAAUGACAUCUAUUUUUAUUGCACUAUGGCUUAGACACAUACAUCCACACUGUACAGGGAAAGUUACUUUAAAUAGUCCGAUUUCUCUUUCUACUUGCGUCUUUUUCAUAACUUGGUAUAUACAGCUUAAUAGCCUGGUCCUUUAAUUCCCAUUGUGUAGCAGUUACACAGCACAUUUACAGCCUUGUGUCAGUUUCAUUUUACCUUUGGACUUUGUAUUCUUGGUUUAAAUUUUGGAUUUUUCUCCCCGUUGUUCCUUCUCCAAUCUUCUAGUUUAUGUCCAUUCUUCAUCAUAAUUCCUGGACUAAUUAUUAACGUACAAACUAUCACGUUUCUUCAAAAACUUGCCAAAUUGUCUUCCUUACAACCUGUUGUAGAUUUAACCAUCCACGUAUCCGGGCAGGCAGUUGUGGAUGAAGAGGAGAUAAUUGGCCUAUGGUAUGUAGUUGAGAACUUUAAAAAAGUGGCACUCCACAGUGAUCCUCGAUUUUUUUGUGUUUUAUUUUUCUUGGAACGUUAAUAAAAUAUCAAAAAAACCCAAAGUUUUAAAAAUGA